AUGGCGCGCGCCCGCCGCGCAUCGCCGCCUCCUGCCGCCAUUUUGCGCUCGUCGUCGCGCGCCGUGCGUCUGCUACUGCUCGUCGGCCUCCUCACCCCCUCCUUAGCUUCCGCGUCGCAUCCACCCGACGGCGGCGACGCCUCGCACUCGAACAUCGCCGCCGCCGCCGCCGCCGCAGCCGCCGCGGAUGGCGGAAUGGCGGACGCGGGCAUGGGAUUGGGGAUAGCGGAUCAAUUUGUUUCUACUGAGGAUCUCCCAGCGGCGAAUGCUGCGGUAGAUGCGGAGACCAAUGCGGCGAGAGGUGCGGCGACGGACGCGGCGGGGCAGGCGGAGUUCGAUCCGAAAUUGGCGGGAGUAGAGGAGGAGGAGCGAUUGGUGGACGAGCUGCUGACGUGGCUGGAGGAGAGAGGCGUGACUGGGAUCCGAGGGGAGGAGGCGGCAGUGGAGGUGGUCAUUGACGCCAACACCACUCUCAAGGCGUCCGGCAGGUCAAGGGCGAAUCUGUGCAUGGUAGCACGUCGCCCCAUCGCGGAGGGCGAGGUGUUUCUGUCGCUGCCUCGCUCGCUCGCCAUCUCGGCUCUUCAAGCGCAGGAGGAGGCAAAGCCAUACGAGGGAGAGGUGCAUCCAUUCACAGCACUGGCGGCGUGGGUGCUGAGGGAGCGGGGCAAAGGCAGCGCGUCCCUGUGGGCGCCCUUCCUCGUGCCCGAGCUGCAGUAUGACGUCAUGCUGGCGGAGGUCGCAGGACACAAGGAGGCGCUCGUGCAAGAGUACAACAAGUGCCGCCCGGAGGCCAUCGCCAACGCCACCCAGGAGGAGUUCUUCUGGGCGGCAGGGAUCGUCACUUCCCGCAUGUUUGCGCUGAGGCCUGCUGCAGCAGCAGAGGCGGAGGACAAGGGGAAAGAGGGGGAGGGGCAGGGCAAGGAGGAGCGGCAGGAGGCGGAGAUAUCGCUGGUGCCGUAUGGGGAUCUGUUUGACACCGAUGACGUGCCCAUCGCUAUCUGGCAGGACACAGGCAGCAGCAUAGAGUUCAUGGCUUUAACGGACAUCCCUGCAGGGCAGCACGUGGCGGUGCACUACGGCGAGCUGAGCAACGAUGAGGCGCUGGUGAUGCGCGGCAUGGUGCUGGGGGGCAACUACCGCGACCACAUGCACCUCUUCUCCUCGCCGCAGGAUGCUGUUCGCUACCACGUCGACAAGUUUCUGCGCGGCUAUGGCCACACGCUGGAGCGGACGCCCCUGCAGGGCACGUAUGAGCGCGUGGAGGCGGAGCUGCAGAAGCAGGCAGCAGCCCCGCAGUAUGCGGGAGUGGCGCAGCGCUUUGAGUACCGCAUGGCGCCCGCCAGCCCCCUCUCCGCGUGGUUCGGCGGGCGCUUUGACCCGCGCCUGCUCGCCAUCUUCACUGCGCUGCACGCCCUCGUUGUCAACAACCGCAGUGCGUGCCCCUUGCCCUCCCCCGCUCUAUCCUCCCACGCCCAUUCUCCCUCCUCUCUCUUGGCUCAUCUGCCUUUGAACACCCCUCUGCCUGCAUGCCACGUCCCUUGCUCCUGUCUUGCAUGCUCAUACCAGACAGAGCCGGAUCUGAGCCACGUGGCACAGGUGUCGCUGCUGUACGGGUGGAUGAAGGACCCCAAGUCCACCUGCGAUGACCUGGCGCGCCUCGUGGACGAUGACGUGUCGGACGCGGUGCCGCCAGCUGGCAACGUGCUGGUGGAGCGGGGGCAGCAGCUGCUCAAGGCGUUCCCCACCACCCUGGGGGAGGACCUGAAGCUCUGGCGCCAGUGCGGUGCGGAGUAUGUGAGGGAGCUGAGCGAGUGGGAGGUGAUUCUGAGGUAUCGCAUGAUGAAGAAGUACAUUCUUCGGCACCUUGUGGGCCGCCUCCUGCACACCUGUGAAAAUUAA